GGACAGCCCCUGCCUUCUGCCUUCUCUUACACUUUGGCUGCUGGUCUAGGUUUUCGAGACGCAGCUCACGUUCAAUCUUAAAUGAGGGGUUCCUCCAAGUCAGCGCUUCAACCCAGUCCCCGCCCCUCCGAGUCAGGUGGGGUUACUCGCGCGACACAACAGCAAGCAAAAAGCACCAACCUGCAGCCAAAUACCACCAGCCACACCCUCGAGGCUACGUGGCUUGAGAGGCAGCAGCAACUGCAACCCACCCAGGAUGGAGUCCUCCACCCUGUGAGGGCAGAGCUCACCGACGCCAGCUGGCGGAACCACCAAUGCACUGCUCCGCGCCCAACGACGACCGAAUAUUCUCGAGCCGAUUCCGCUGCUCAUCAGCAUGACCGGCUGCAGGCGAGGCUGAGCUCACAUACCACCACCUAG